CCUAUUUAAUCAUACCUAAAGUCUGCUUCCUAUCAUUAGCUCCAGCCGUAUCAUGGUCAAGUACACAAUAAAUAUUCUACUUUCAGUUUGGUAAACAAAGACACACUUCAAAAAUUAUGUUUACCAUUUCUUUCCUAUACAGAACGUUUAGCACAUGCAAUGUUAAUUCUCUUACAAAACCCCAUUUAUGAAACCCUUUGUCACAUUAUUGUGAGCCAGAAAUGGGUUUUAAGUAGAUCAACGAUUUAACUGGUUGACCGAGUCACAAACUGUCAAGUGGUUGCUAAUUGAACUGAUUUAAGUACCUCUUCCUCACUCCACAGUGUAAACAAAGAAAGUGACUGCAAUGUGUGAGAAUUCAUGAGUUCUUCGGCAAGCUCAGUUCUGCAUAAGAUCUUCGACCGUAUAGAGGCUCUGCUGUCAUGUUGAGAGCAAUUUUCGUUUGCUAUUAUUUGACAGCCUUCACACUGGCCAGCAGCUUGAGUAGCUAUCAAGUUGAUCACCUGAAACGCUUCAGCAGAUCGCUGAUAUUUCCAGCUACCUCCCCGACGCGUGUCCAGUUCAUUGGCGGCAUCGGCAUACCAGUGGAAGAAUUGCAUUUUGAGUCGGUCACUUCGGGCUAUGUGCUAAAGACGGAAUACUUUCUGCCCACCAAUGCAGAUGAGAUCACCAGAGUCUACAUGAAGCCGCAACCCAUAACGGCCAGAAAGCAUAUGACAGCUAUGGAAGAGCCAUCCAACAUGGCUUCCAUGUAUCGCUGGGUCAUCUAUCGCAGCAUCGAGAUGGUUUUACAGAACAUGAAUCUGCCUGGACGCAGCUGCCUGCUGCGCGUAAUCUGUGAACACGCGGCGCUGCCUUUGAGCCACGAAAGUGGUUUGCUGGGUGAGCUGCUGCACAUUGUUCUGACUCCUUCUAGCUCCUCGGAUCACUAUGCCCUGCACACCGAUCGCGAGUAUUUGGUGGCGGAACGUUUUGGCAAACGUGGCGCUAACUGUGCGGCUGCCUAUGGCCGUAAAUGUCCGAGUUCUCCCAUGGAACUGAUCACAGUGUUGCUGUGAGUGCAUAGCUGCUAAAUUGGUAUAGAAUUGUGAUAAAUUUGUAUUAAAGUAAAAUCGAUCGCAUGAUCGGCAAGAA